UUUUUGAUCCAUUUCAGUUAUACUGAAAGCUGCGAGUUAUACAGCUUUAGUUUAGCACAAUUAUGUUUAAAAAAUGUUUAUGUCGUUCAUUACGUUGUUCCUGCAUUUUUUUGGGUCUCGCAGCUGUUAUUUUUCUUGCUAAGGAAUGGCUCUUCUUCCGUUUUCCAAUACAAACAUUCGAACCAAAAUCUGUGCCAACAGUUACAAAGCGAUCAUCAGGUGUACUUCUAAUGUGGGACCAUCCUUGGGCUGUUGGUUUCACCAGUGAACCAGAAGGUACAAGAUUUGGAAGAUGUAAUUUAACUUAUAAACGAGAGCGUAUUGAAGAAGCAGAUGCAGUCAUAUUUCAUCUGACAACGAUUUCAAAAAAGGAUAUUCCGUGGCAACAUUACAGGAGCCCAAAGCAGCUGUUCGUGUUUUGGAGCAAGGAAAAUCCAUGGGCCAUGCGCUACUUGUACAGAACUGAUUUUAAGGCAUUCGAUAAUUUCUUCAACAUGACCAUGACUUAUCAUAAAAAUAGUGAUUUAUAUAGUGGAUAUGGGACAAGACGAAACGUAUACAACAUGGUGGAAAAAGGUGCUAAUGUUUUGGAUAAAUUGCUUUCAGAAAAGAGUAAACUUGCAAUAUGGAUUGUUAGUAAUUGUGACACUAUGAGAGGAGCAGUUGAACGAAUGAAUUAUUACAAAGAAAUCGUAGCAACUGGAUUUUCUGUAGAAAGCUGUGGCCGCUGCUUUAAAGCUUGUUCACAACUUCCAUCAUACAAAUCUGAACAGUGGGGAGCUGAAAUAAAGAAAUACAAGUUUUAUUUCUCCUUUGAGAACAAUAUUGGUUGUAAAGAUUAUAUCACAGAGAAGUUUUGGGAGGCGCCUCUUUGGUAUGGAGUGAUACCUGUAGUGUGGGGACCGACUGUGGAUGAUGUUAUUGCUGUUGCGCCUCGGAAUUCAUUCAUUCAUGCAGAUUGGUUUAAAACGGCGGCAGAUUUAGUGGAAUAUCUUCAAUACCUUGAUGGUAACAACACAGCUUACUUAGAAUAUUUUAAAUGGCGCGAAGAUCCACAUCUAACGAUUGAAGAAAUGGAAAAGCAGAUUCAAUCUGAACAUCCAGAUGUUGAAAUAUUCUCUGCACCAACUUCUUCCAAUUUUACGAUGUUAUGCAACGCUGCACUGGAUCAGACACCAGAACAAAGCUGGCUAGUAAGUUCAUUAAACCAGAAAUUAAUGGGAGAUGAGAGGGCAAGUUGCAUGGAGCCUGGGAAAUGGAAAGAUGUCUCUGUAGUUUAAAUAUGCACUAUUGGAACUUUUUGCACAUAUAUAGUCUUAUUAGUUUGUUUAUGCACACAUACACAUGCAAAGCAAUUAAAUCAUUGUGUGUUCAUCACUUUUGUACGGAAAAUGUAACCAGUUUUUAUUUAUUGAUUUUAAAACAUAUAUCUUUGCACACUUUAGUUGAGUAUUUUUGAGUUCCAAUUUUAUAUUACUGUAUCAUUUGUAUAAUUGGCAAUUACUUUGAAUGUUUUUUAACAACUUUUAAAAACAUUCACACCCAGUUCGCUUGGAAACUGAAACCUCAUUUUCUUUUUUUCCGAAACACUUCGUUCAAAGAAAAAGUUAUUCCCACAAACGUGUCUCAUCUGUCGUUGCAACAUUCGAUAUAGAUUCUGCGGAAGGAUGGGAAGCAAGGCUUCUCAUGAAAAAAGGUUUCAGCAACUUCCAUUUUGGCUUCCUUUAUUGCUUCGUGCUAUGAUAAAAUUUAUAAACUCCGGUAAUUUUCAUUGACAGGUUGUUUGCUGUUUAAACAGUUAAUCGUGAGACCAAAAUUUAAUCUUUUUUUCUGCUGCAGUUUCGCAAAAAUGACACUUAUAAUAACUGCCGAUGGUAAAGGAUUUCUAUG